AAAGGUGGCAACGCUAUUUACGCAAAUAAUCUGGUGUUUUUGAUGUUGUUUGACAAAUUACUUUCCUUGUGAAAACAUAAAAUUAAAAUAAAAGUUUUUACUUCACAAAAUGUUAUGCCGACUCUGUUUAAAAGAUUCUGAUUGCUGUUUGGAAAUAUUUGACGUCAAUGGCGAACAACUGGAAAUUGCGGAGAUAUUGAAACGACACUUCUGGUUCCAGCCUGUGCCUAAUGACACCAUUUCAACGUUGAUAUGUCGAAUUUGUUGGUUAAAAGUAAGCGAUUUCCAUCAAUUUUAUUUGGCAAUAGAACAAGCGCAAUCGAGUCUAAGUGAUACCUGCGUGAAACUUGAAACCGUAACUGUGACUGAACAGGAUUUUACUCAACAGUCUGUUCAAAUUAAAGAGGAAUGUUUAGAAUUUUUACGCGUAAAUGAGAAAGUUGAAGAAUCUGUUAAUCCAUUAUAUGAAGCCGAACUUGAGCAUAGUAUGAAUGAGGAUUCAGAAGAAGAUGAAAUAAAAACCAAAGAAAUUAAAAAUGAGUCAAAUGCUGUAAACAUAACAGAAAAAACACCGAGACAAAAGCGGAAAUAUGUGCGAAGGACACAAUCUAAAAAAAGACUGGGAAAGAGUAAACUGGAUGAAGAUGAAGAGGACAGUGAAGAUGAUGAUGAUGAUGAUGAGCAGGAGAAACCAAAACGGCAAAAAGUUAUUACCUCAACGCCACAAGACGAUGCUAUGGUUAAAAAACACAUUCCCAUGGGUUGUGAACUUUGUACAUUUGUGGGCGAAGACUUCACCGCAAUGGCUAAACAUUUCCGUUUGCAACAUCCCAUGAUUAAACCGUACAUUCGUUGCUGCAACAAAAAAUUAAAUAAACGGUUCAAAGUUGUUCAGCACGCGUAUAAACACGAAGAUCCUGAUUUUUUUAAAUGUCAGGAUUGCCAAAAAGUUUUUUCUGAUCGGUACACUUUAAAAUCUCAUAUGAUUGCUGCGCAUGCCCCAGAGGAAGAACUCAAUUUCGCCUGUGACCAAUGUCCCAAAAAGUUUUCACGAAAACAUUUAUUAGAGUUACAUCGGCCUUCACAUGUACCAAUGGAUGAGCGUUCUUUUAUAUGUGAUCAAUGUCCAAACAGUCGAUUUGCUAGCAAUCAUUUAUUGAACAUUCACAUAAGCAUGCGUCAUCGUCGGGCUACUAACGUUUGUCAUGUGUGCGCUAAAGAGAUGCGCGAUAAAGCGUCAUUUGAAAAGCAUGUACGGUCGCAUUUCGAUGAUGGUGGUCCGAAGGUAAAAUGCACAUUGGAUGGUUGUGAUCGUUGGCUCAAGGAUGAAGAUAAUCUUCGACGACAUAUACGAAGAUUACAUACCAAAGAUCAAAAAGCGGUCACAUGUGAAACAUGCGGACGGGAAUGUAAAAAUCAAGAUGCUUUAACAAUACAUAAAUAUCGGGUUCAUUCAAAUAUCGUAUUUACCUGCGAGGAAUGCAAAAAGACUUUUAAGCGAGCGAUUCAUUUGCGGGAACAUAUGGCACAACAUACUGGUGAAAUUCUUUACAAAUGUCCAUUUUGUACGCGUACUUCCAAUUCAAAUGCAAAUAUGCAUUCGCAUAAAAAGAAAAUGCAUCCCCUAGAAUGGGAGAAUUGGAAAAAAACAAAUAAUGGAAGUUCACAGCAGAUAUUGAGUAAUCAACAGGAAAAUACACAAAACUUGUAUUCAUUAUAUAACAAUUAAUACAUAAUCAUAGUGAAUGUUUUUGCAUUAAAUAUACAUACAUUUGUAUUUAUAUGUACAGUUAGUAUAAUAGCUCUUGGCUAUGGAUAUUUUAUUACUAUUAAAUAUGUCUUAUGACUCGAUAUUUUAUGUCACAAAUACACUCCAGCCAGUUAUUAUGUUGUAA